GUCGGGAAACGCAGGCUUCUCGGCUCUCCGACGACUUCCACUCAACUUUCAGAUAAGGUCCUCUUCCAGGUCCAGCACCAAUCUUUUCUUUCCAAGAAAUCCACAUAACCAAUCUUUGCUGCACACGAGUCACUCUGCACCAGAAGGAAAAACCAGCUCGCUCGCUCCAUCUGCCCGCCGCGCCGAUGGUGCCGCCGCCUCCGCGAGGGCAUGGCGGAUAACCGCGACCGCCUGGCGGCGCCGGCCUGGGCGACCACGGCCGGCCUCGGCUUCCUCACGCUUAACUCCGGCCUCGCCAUCUACCGCGCUGACGGCGACCCCGGCUCGAUCCUCUUCGUCGUGGGCUCCUACGCCGCCCUGCUGCUGCUCUUCCGCUGCCUCCGCGACUACGAGCGCGCGCCGCCGGGGUCCCCCGCCAGGGAGCGGGCGAGGCGCGCCGUGUGGCCGCUCACCGCCCUGCUUACGCUGGGCUUCGCCUGGAAGGUCGCCGCGGUGAUGCCUUCCGCUGCCGCGGCCGCCGUCGUCUGGGGCCUUGCCGUCGCCACCACCGCCGGAGGGUUUUUUGCUCUGUUCGUCCGAGCAUAAAGCGCCUUUUUUUUUUGGUGAGUUGUGUGGUUUGGUCUGUGUACAUAUCUGUGUGCAUGUACAGAGAAGUACUGUUACACUGUAGCUGUGCUAGUUGCUGACUUGGGUUUGUAACAUCUCUGUAAAUUACUUACUACUUUGUUAUGUGACUGCCCAUGGCCAGACUAUACCAGUA